AAUCUGACAUCGACGACGAUACUCGCACAGCUGCUGUUCAAAAGGAACACGAACGCCUGCUGGUGCUGCAAGAGAGGACCAACGACAGACUACGGGAGCUCGAAGUUGCGAACGCGGAGAAGCAGGGCCUCUUACGAGCAGCGUUGCUCGACCGCCAAAACCUGCCGCCAGAGCUUCUCGAGCUUAAGAGAGUCGAAACGAUACGGGAGAUGCGUGAACGGAUAGAAUCAGUCAUCAAAGCCCCAGCAGAAGUACAACCGCAAGUGUUAGAUACCACGAGCUCAGAGAUCGCGGAGACUGUGCUAUCCUCCGAAGCAGCUCUGGACAAAGCAAAGAAGGUAAGUAACAAGCAGAUCUCUCAUAGCAAGUCGCCUUCUUCCGCGUUCGACGCAGCGGUUUCGGCAAUGAAGAAACAUCAGCUUGAACCUUCGUUCACUGCGGCUACUCUUGUCUCGCCAGCUUCACCAAAUCGAACCCAUCUCGGAAAGGAGAAGUCGCUGUCGGACAUGUCUACUUCGACAGCUGGGACGGGGCAAACUACAUGGGGCCGCAUGGCGCAGCUCGUCUCGCCAAAGCGGAGGACCAUGUCGACCAUAUGCAGCACCGAGUACUACACGAUGCAAUCGUCGAAUGACUGUGUGGCAAGUUUGUCCUUGGCCUGGCUGCCAGAGUAUACUUAUCCAACCGACUUCCUCUCUCUUUUCAUACCUUGUACCCAUCUCACCGCGCCCAAGCUAACCCUCCACCGCAGGACCUCCAAGACCAACUCACAACCAACAGCACACUUCGCGAGCAGCUCGAGCUCGCCAAGAAGGAGACGUCAGAGAAGGGCUCGGUAUGUCGCGUUCCCUCCCUCUCCCGAACAGCGACGUGGCAACCUUGGAUAUGGUAGUAACAAGUGCUCCAACAAACAGGUGGAACUCCAACAAGAAGUCGAAAACCUGCGCCGCGAAAACGCCCUGGUCAAGUCCAUGUGGUACGACAUGAACCAGCGCCUCCUCAGCAACACCGUCAUCCUGCAAAGACGCAGCGAAGCACCCAAAGGCUGGCUCGGAAAACAAAGAGCCGCUGUCGGCGGCUCCAGCGUCUUAGUACGUUAGCUCCCCUCUUCCUGUAAACACGCUUUUUGUGUAUGUAUUUCCAAGGGCUGACUGGGUACAGGGCCGGAGGUAGCCGGGGCUGUGACCGCAACGCCGUCUCUGCAGCCGCCCUCGUCGGUGGGCAAUAGCUAUGCUGCUGCAGGCUCGUCGGAUGGUGUGCUCGUUUCCUUUCUCUUCAUUACGCAUUUUGUAGGGCCGCGGAAUCGGGUUUGGUUCAGCAUAGCGCAGGUUUGGUGGCAUUUGUAUUGCGUGAGGAUGUAUAGACGUAUUGUCUUUUGUCACUUAUACCCCCUUUUAUUCCUUUGCAGUAGUUUGUAGAGAAUCAAAUAUACUAGAUCAAGUGGACAGCAGAGCGUUUGGGUGGUGUUGUUGCGCUGUCAACUUAAGAAAGUCUCAUCAUAGGGCUAGCUUUGUAUAUGGGCAUUGAAAAUGAAAACGGGUCUUAG